UCGAGCUUCAGCAUUUACCAACAUUCGGAUCAAAAUUCGAGGAAGGCGCCAAAACAAUAGCCAAUGAAAGCGAGAUUCUAAAGUACUUGACCAAUCACAUAGCGAUAUCACUUGACAAAUCAGAUCUCAGGGCGAACUAUAUGAAGCUUGAACCACAACCACUAAAAGUUAUUUUUACGAUCAAAGUUCGUAGCUAUGGCCCGUACAAAGCAAACUGCUCGUAAAUCAACCGGCGGAAAAGCUCCCCGAAAACAACUCGCCACAAAGGCAGCACGUAAAAGUGCCCCAGCAACUGGUGGAGUCAAGAAACCUCAUCGUUACAGACCUGGUACAGUCGCUCUUCGUGAGAUCCGCCGUUACCAGAAAUCGACCGAGUUGCUGAUCCGCAAGCUUCCCUUCCAGCGUCUUGUACGUGAAAUCGCUCAGGACUUCAAGACCGACCUUCGCUUCCAGAGYUCAGCUGUCAUGGCACUUCAAGAGGCAAGCGAGGCUUACUUGGUUGGCCUGUUUGAGGACACCAACUUGUGCGCCAUUCACGCCAAGCGAGUCACCAUCAUGCCCAAGGACAUUCAGCUUGCACGCCGAAUCCGUGGCGAGAGAGCUUAAAUUUCUCAUUCAAAAUCAAACAACGGCUCUUUUAAGAGCCAACACAUGCUAAAAAGUCAAUGAAAUAAUGCAAUGUGAUCCCAAAAUCACCCUUCCAAAAAUAUAGAUGGGUAAACACAGGGAACCCAAAACUCAGGAAAUACCUGAGGAGCCUGAAUAGUUAUCCCUGCUGUUGUAGUUUCAAACACAUGUUCAUAGUGGCCAGCAUAUCUAGAGACAUCAGUCGAUGUACCUUGUAAAAAACAGAAUAUAUAAUGAAGAUUCAUACUAAAAUGUCCUCUCCAAUUUU